UUUCUUGUAAUAGGGAUUAUCAAAGCAGGUGAAAAUGCAGCAACCUGAACUUUUUGCAGGGGAAGAAGCAGACGAAUCUAGACCAUCUAUCGAGUCCAAAAACCCAGAGGAGAGAAUUACCGCCCGUCGCCUCCGCAUAGCCGCACGAAAUGAGGCCAAAACACGUGAAGAGUUUGGCAAAGAUUUCCAGGAAAAAGAGGAUAUUAAAGAAGAGAUACGGAAAAGUCAGAAGGAAGUGGAGAAAUGUAAAAGGCACAUGACAAAAUUACAAAGUGAUGGUCUGGAGUUGGUGACCAACAUUCAGGUAGCUGUAGAUGCCAGAGAGUCUGACAGGAGAACAGAGCUAGAGGAGGCAUGUCGACUGAGGAGAGAGAAGCUGGAAAACGAGGCCAAGUCCAGCCAGGAAAAGUUUGAGGAGAUCACCCGCAAAUGGACGGAUGCUAAAAUGAAACAGACCCCACUGGAUCUAAGGGAUGCUCUGAACAGCCAGCAGCAACUCUGUGAACAGAUUGUAGCGGACAAGAAUAAACUGAUCAGUGAGCUACAGCAGGAGCUGAAGGCUAGCGAUGAUCGCUAUGUGAAGGACCUGAAAAAACAGGCUAAAGACAUUGACCUGAUAAUAGAGAGGAUGGAAGAACAGAUUUCAUGUCUAAAAAUGUCAUACCGAGAAGACCUAAAGCAGAUUGAGGACUCAUUUGAUGAGGAGAGGAGAACGCUGAUAACCAAACACAGGAAGAAAUGGGAGCAUCAGAUGAAGGAACGAAGCGAGAAAGAGCUGAAGGACAUGUUGCAGGGUUUAAGCCUCCUGGAGGAACAUGAGGACUUGCUGCAGAAGCUGAGGGUUCAGAAAGCUGAAGAAUACAACAUAGACAAAAUCAAAAUGGAUACAGAAGUACAGAAUUUAAGAAAGAAGUUACAAGAGGUGAAGUUCAACUGCCAUCUGAAUGAAGAAAAACUUGAUUACAAAUAUGAGGUGCUAAAGAAAAGAGAGGAAGAGAACGCACUCUUAAAAUCACAACUGAAGAGGAAAAUUAUAAGAAUGCAAGAUAUUCUCAACAACCUAAAGUCUAAAUGCACCAAUCAGGAGAAGCAGUCAAAAGCCGAGGAACAAUCAGUGAGAAAUGACUACGCACGUAUUAAACAACAGUACAAAGACAUGCAGAAGAAAGCAAGACACUUUGCAGCGCUGGAUGCCGAGCGUUUUGAGAAGAUAUGGCUGAUAAGUGAAGGUGAAGUUAAGGCCUUGGCACACAGGGCACUGGAGACAGACAGAAUAAUUCACGAGCAGCAGCUGGGUCUGGCUUGGACGUCUCUUCCGCUCCCCUUCAUGGAGCGCUCCGGUCCGAUCGAACAUAACGCCCUCAAGACGGCCUCCCAGAAAGCUGCAGAUACCCUGCAAGAGGAAACAGGAGGAAAUUCAAUGGAGGAAUCUGAGGCUCUGGAGGACACUGAUAGUGGAGUGAACCGGAGGACAAUGAAGAGAAUUCUGGAGCUACUGUGUGACGAAUUGGGUUUUCUCGUAGAGAGUAAACUGCUGCAGCUGGUGUCUCAUCUGGAGAAGAAUGAACAGUCCCUUAUAAAGCUAGAUUGUAUUUUCACAGCAAUAGGGAUCGAGAGUGAGAAUGAUGUGCAUAAAAUGGCUGAGUUCUUAAUGAAUUACAGACAGCAUGGACGAGAGCAGAGGGAACUGAUGGAGGAAGAGGAGACAACUAACAUCCAACCUUCUGACUUAAUCCAUCAUAAUGAUCUACUAGUGGCUCUGAAAGAUUUUACCGCCCACCACUGCAGACCCCAUGAUCUUCAGGCCUCACAGAAGAGCAGUGUUUUGGGAUUGGAUACGAGAAAUGAAUCUGAAGAUACAGCAUACUGGGAAUGCAUAGCUAAUGUCAUCCCAGAGUCCAAACUUAGGCUCUGGAGUGCUCUUGAUACAGCUCUCAACAAGUACCAUACUGUACUGACUGAGAGGGCUAAGCUUCUGGCAGAAACACAGAAUGUUCAACAACAGAAUACUGAGCUCAGACAGCUGCUGCAUCUUUAUACAACCUCCAAGGCCAGUGCUGAGCUGGAGAUGCAGCCCACCAGGAUGAGGCAGUUCCACAUGUGAUAUACUUUCGAAAAAUAAAACAAUGGAAAAAAUCUGUAUUUGCAAUCUAAAUGGUGAAAAAUGCCUUUCAGCACUGCAAUUGAAAUUUUCAAGCUUAAAGGUCCCCUUGUUCUUCUAUAUCUGCUUGGGCCAGAGCCUUUGAGCUUGGUAUAGCUGCAUUUGACAUCCACAAUCUAAUAGAUCAACCCCUAAAUUCAAUAUGAAACUUUUAGUGAAACAAAAUAGUGGUCAUAAUCAUGCUGCAUAUGUCUCUGGACCAGACUGUGCGGUUCGCGUGAAACAAGUGAAAUCAGACCUCAUUUGCUAUCCCUAUCGCCUACAUUGUGAACUACGAGACAUUACUGCUACAGAAAACACAACACCGUGAACAAAUGUCCGUCCCAUAGAUAUAUACACUAGAUGUCGCCUUGGGGUUCUAAGCAUGUGUCAAAACCACUGCCAUCUUGGAACAGGGGUCUUGUCAUAGGAAGUAGCUAGGUAACACCAUUGGGUAACACUGCGAUCUCCGCCUGUACUUUGAAUUAAUGGACAAUGUCGGACUUUUGUGCUGCAUAUGGAUGUUCAAAAGAAAGAAAUAUAAAAUCCAGACAGCAAGGAUGUUGAAUCAUAAAACAUAUUUAAAUUUAUACACACACACAUAUUUUUCUAACACACAUACUUAGUGUACAUUUCAAUUUUUGCACAUAAAAUACCUGUACGUACAGAACUGCCUAUAUACCUGAACACACAAUUGUCAAUUUGUAUAUUGUCAUUCCUUACCUACUCCUUUGGAUUUUUUAUUCUUUUAUUAUGUGUCAUUCCUUAGCUUUUUUUUUUAUGUGUGUUUUUUGUUCUGUCGCCGUCAGUCUGUUGCGCGUGGAGCUUCUGUCACGGAAAAAAAUUAUUGCAUGUAUAAAUAUACUUGACAAUAAAGCUCAUUCAGAUUAUCAAUGUUACGAAAUUAUAUUUCUGGCUACGUUAGUUUGUUUCAGUCCAUGGUUAACGACCACAGCUAAUCCAUGCUAGUUACCCAUUACUUUUUGACAGUUAGGAAAACCAACAAUGAACAGAAUGUAUUUAUAUAUGUAAUAUGAUUGAUGAUUUUUAUUUUUGGUCUCUAUUCAGUCAUUUCUCCGACUGGCGCUGUGUGACACUACACUGAUUUAAGGGGCUUUAGUAUAUACUUAUUUAAUGUGGCAAAAGUAUUGCGGGACAGGAAUAAAGAGAUAUUUGUAUGAUCGUUGGCACCUCAACUAUCUAACUUUCACAUUAUGUUCCUCUCAAAUUCGUGAUUUGUUUCCACAAGCAAAUUGUGUUGUGUAUCAUAUUUAAUAAACCAAUACAAUUAAAAAAGUAAAUAAGUUUUAAAAGCAUAAAGUUUGAAGGCAAUACAGUCUGUCAGAGAUAGAUAGUUGCUGUGUGGUUGCUAGGGUACCGGGGUUGCUAAGGUGUUGCUAUGCUGUUGAUAAGGUACUCGGGGUGGUUGCUAGGGUGUUGAUAUGUGGUUGCUAAGGUAUUAGCUGGAGCUUCAGCAUCUAUUUAUAGUGCAGGAGGCGGUCACUUCGGAUUCUAAAGAGCAUUUGAUUGGUCAGAAGAUUUGAUGAGAAGAUGAAGAUGUGACGUCAUAAAAUCGUUAAGCCGUUUUGGCGGAAGUAUAUCUUCUAAAUGAGAAUUUUGCUUACUGUCUAUGGAAUUUUGUCACUGUUUUGGAGCACACUGCCUUAUAGAUAACCUUAAGACUAAUAUUGAUUCUAAAACCCAAAUAACUUAAUUAGGUACUUACAUAGGUAAAUUUUUUGGGGGACCUGUUAAAUGAUGGGGGAACGAAAUAAACCAUUUUAAAUACAAGAAUCUGAAAACUUUUUUAUAUUAAUUGCUAAGCAUGUAAACCAGUACACGGAUGGCAAACACGGCUGCAUCCGAAAACUGAAAAAAAAAAAUGCUGCCUCCGGAGG